AUGGGGAAAGACAAAAGCCAAUCAUCCACGUCGCGUGGAAAGAAGAGAAGUCGCCCCAAGGUGGAAGAUGAGCCUGAGCCUGAAAGACCGCCACCUGCUCUCCGACCUGACUCAAAGAUUGACAACGAGCGAAAAUUCGUCAUCACCAGAACAGACGCCAUGAGGAGAGCUGGAGGCUUGGAGAAGAAGAUCGGUAACGAGACCUAUGACCAGAUGGCUCUCACUACAGGGAUGAAGAGAUGGCUCAGCAAACCCGUCAUCAUGGUCCUCGGCGAGGGCAUGAAGAAAAAGGUCUUUGAAUGGUGUCAGAAGUUUGACCACUCCUGGCUGGGCGUUCUAUUUGAGGCCAAGGGGAACAGCCUGGUAUCCUACGAAUACACGGCAACUGAAGAGGAGCCGAUCCUUCCCGAGUCCAUGUUCGAGGCUCUGCGGGCUUUGGUGAUGGGGUUGCCUCCUGACAGAGAAACCUACCGGCGCCUCUGGGGACUUGCUCGGAUGGUCACGACGCACUCACAGCGCGCGUUUCUCAUGGACGAGCUUCAGGCGACCCGGCCGGAAUUUGAAUACUUUGCCGAGGGGAAUCAAGUCACUGGUCUGGUUCUCCCUCGGUAUUGA